CCGUCAAGUUCCUUUGAAACAUUGAUGUGUGGAAGUGUGAAUAGGGGCGUGAGAAUAAGGGAUGAGAUUAAUCAUCUCAACCCAAUAUUCCCAUAUCUCACAUCAAAACAGCUAACGCAGGUACGAAAACGGUACCUAGUCCAAGUAGGGAAUCCAAUAUUAAGGGUGAGUAUUUAGCAAGUACUAAACUAUUUUAGUGUUGCAUCCAUAAUCGCAUCCAUGUGCACAAGUGCAUGUGAGGGGCUCCUUCAAUAUUCCUGACAAACUCAAAUAGUUAGGCAGGCACACUUUGCUCAACAUACUUUGUUCAAGACAGCGCAACAAAGAACAAAGAAGGUUGAAAGCACCUGCGCUAAUCGGAAUUGUGCAUCGCCUAGGAAACCGCCAAACAGUGUCUAGGUACAUCAGGCAUCUAGCACUGCAUCUAGUACUGUAUAUGUACAUACUAAUACGUCAAUUAACACUACCAUCGAUGUACAUACUAGUACUGUAUAUACUACCUACACAGUCAGCAGCCAAUGUCUGCCUAUACAUAUAUACACAACAGUUUUGUCAAGUUAUCUUGAGGAUACAACUUUCACAAAUGUACCUUACGGCAUUGAACAUCACCACUUUUCUCUUGACACCUAAAAUAUGGAUUCCCGGUUAGAAGAUAAGCUUGCGUUUUUUGAGCGCCUCGGAGCAUAUCGACACAUCGAUGACGACGAUGCUUUAGACUCAGAAGAGGAACGCUCCAGGCAGAAGAGCAGGAGUUUUCAUGCUGCUAAAUCAUCGUCUCGCCCUACAACGAGUUCUCGUGCGACGAUAAGCGAGGCCCGUCAGCUUCCAGAUGCUACUUCUAAAAGAGCAGCAUUGAAUCCAGCUUCCAAGAGUCACGAUCGCGAGAUAGAAAUUAUUGCUGCAACUCCCGAGAACAGCACACCGAAACGGAAAGGUCCAAAACCCCUACCAAGUGCGUCCGUUGGCCAUGAUGUUAUAGUACCCGACACUGUAGUUGCGGCGGCAAAACAACCGCAACGUCGGAUAACUCGUUCGUCGGCUCACGUCAGGCACUUAAGCCCUCAAAGUGAUCCCUCCCCCUCAGUCAAGACGGGAAAGCGCAAGAAGGAUGCGCCUCUUCAACUGGUACCUGAAGCACGGCAGAUCUUCAAGGGUCUCUGUUUUUAUUACAUACCUAACGACGAUAUCGAUCCAGUGCGCAAGCUGCGCAUUACCAAAGCUAGGCAACAUGGUACUACGUGGGUGAGGAACCUAGUCGACGCGACACACAUCAUCGUCGACAAGAAGCUUGCUUUUGCUGACAUUGAAAGAUGUCUGGGAAAGGACCCAAAGUGGUCAGGGAAGGUUCUCGUCCAUGAGAACUAUCCCAUUGAUUGCAUAAGUCAUCGUAUAAUCGCGAACCCCGACCAAAAUCAGUACAAGAUUUCGGGAGUGCCCACAUUGGAAAACAGCCCGCCUAGCCAAACGUCGUCUUUGCACAACUCCGAGUCCUCGCUGCAGCUGAAGCUGAGGCGCAAGAAGGUCCUGAAAGGGUCCCGUGCCCCUCUACCAAGCACGCAGUCUAGUGGUGGAAGCCCGUCUCAGGAGUGUAUUUACGUGAUUCCAUCUUCUCAACCACAGGAAGCUCAAAGCAUACUAGAUGAUGUUCCGUCAUCCGAGGCAAAGAAAUCACUGAGGAAGCAGUCUCCAGAAAUAAUAGACAACGAUGAACUCACCCAGUGUAUCAAUGAAACGAAGGGAAUAGAUGGUGGUCUCGCCGAGCCGUCAUCUAUUGCAGAUGAUUUCGAUGCCUUCACAGACCUCGGCAGCUCGGAGGAAGAAAGACCGCAGAAGAGGAGAACUAGGAGUAACCGCAACGACUCUGUACAAAGAAAGCCCUCUUGGCAGGAUAAUUUUGCCUGUAUGAAGGGGGGUACCAAAGACCAUGAGGAUAAUGGCCCGAAUGCCGAGACGAUCAAAGUCCUUCAGGAGAUGCUGGAGGUUCAUAAUCUUGCUGGCGACAACUUCCGCAUCCGGGCUUACAGACUAGCUAUCUCUACACUCCGGGAGCAGCCUAAGAAGAUAUGUACCGCUGAGGAGGCCCGGGCCCUUCCUCACAUUGGCCGAAUUGCUGACAAGAUCGAGGAGAUCGUCAAUACGAACAGACUGAGACAGCUGGAGUACGCACUCGAUGAUCCUCGCAGGAAGACAAUGGGUAUGUUCCUCAAGAUCUACGGUGUUGGCCAAACUCAAGCCCAGAAAUGGAUAGCGCAAGGCUUUCAAACACUAGACGACCUCAGAAAUAAGGCCGAGUUGAAUGCCAGCCAACGAAUUGGCUUAGACCAUUUUGACGAUAUCAAUACUCGGAUCCCACGACAGGAGGUAGAGGCUCUAGCAGAUCACGUUAAAAAGACGGCCGCACUUAUUGAUCGUCGUAUAGAGCUGAUCGUUGGAGGAAGCUACCGACGUGGAGCUGACAGCUCUGGCGAUAUCGACCUGAUCAUAACCAAGAAGCGCACAUCUUCGACAGCCGAGUUGACUCCAUUCCUGAACCGGCUUGUUGAGGUUCUUACCCGGGAAGGGUUUCUAACCGCAGCACUUGCUACGCACCACUAUAAUAGCGAUGAUAUCGAAGGCAGCAGCAAAUGGCAUGGCUGCUGCGUGCUGCCAAAGAGCGCAUUCCCUGGCCCCGAGGCAGAGUAUCGACCAACUUGGAGACGUAUCGACUUUCUGAUCGCGCCUCAGGCCGAACUUGGAGCCGCCUUGUUGUAUUUCACGGGAAACGACAUAUUUAACAGGUCGAUGCGGCUGUUGGCGCGGAAGAAGGGGAUGCGGUUGAACCAGAGGGGGUUGUUCCGUGAUGUCCUACAAGAUAGGGGGAGCACUGCCAAGAAGACUGCGGGAACUCUGCUCGAGGGACGGGAUGAGAAGAAGAUCUUCGAGAUCCUGGGCGUUCGCUGGAGAGAGCCUCAUGAGAGGUGGUGCGGUUAGGUGGGCGGGCACUUACCGUAUUAUUUAUUUACCUACCUUUUAGAUGAGAAGUAUGUACAUACAAUAUCAUGUUUUGUAUACACCUGUAAUUCUGAAUAUGCCCUAUGUACCUACUAGCUUUACAUAAACAAAAUAUUUAUUAGAUGUGCAUGCAACGACGUCUCCCCAAAGCCGG